CCACAGGACGUGUGCUUUCUUGAAUUUUUGGGGGGGAAACCUUGUGGAAAAGAGCUUACUCACAAUGUUGGGCUUGGAUGUUUGUGAAUUUGGUGGACAGUUUCUUGAACUGCUCUGGUUAACAGUUUGCUAUAGAGGCAUAAUGGCUGAUAAAGAUAAAGAUGUGCCAGUGGUUGAGGAUGAAGAUGAGCCAGAUCUGAACUACCAGCCUCCGGCUCAGAAGAGCUUGCAGGAGAUCCAGGAACUGGACAAGGAUGAUGAAAGCCUGAACAAGUACAAGCAAACCCUCCUGGGUUCUGGACCUGUGGUGGCAGAUCCCAGCAUUCCUAAUGUUCAAGUGACCAGACUCACUCUGAUGUGUGACCAGGCCCCUGGACCCAUCACCAUGGACCUGACAGGUGACCUCGAUGCUUUGAAGAAGAAGAACUUCACCAUGAAGGAGGGAGUGGACUACAGGGUGAAAAUCCACUUCAAGGUCAACAGGGACAUCGUGUCUGGACUGAAAUAUGUGCAUCUGACCUACAGGAAAGGACUCAGAGUGGACAAGGCAGUGUACAUGGUAGGAAGCUACGGUCCGAGAGCCGAGGAGCAUGAGUUUAUCACCCCGGUGGAGGAGGCUCCGAAGGGCAUGAUCGUUCGGGGAACCCACCACAUCAAAUCCUACUUCACAGACGACGACAAGACAGACCAUCUGUCGUGGGAGUGGAACCUGCAAAUCAAAAAAGACUGGGACAGUGCAGAGUAAAGAGGUUCUUCCUCUGUCUCUCUCUCUCCCAGAUGCAUAGCAACAUACCCAAUUUAUCACAGAUGUUUAAAACAGAGACAUAGGCUAGGUAGAUAUGCAGCUGGAGCUGGCUUUGCAAGUGAUUAAAUAACAAUUAGUUGUAUAAAAAAAA